AUGAAUGCAACAUUUAUACAAGUUGUAAAAUAUUGUGGUUCAAAACUUGAGACAUAUCAACGUUGUGUUGAGAAUCAUAAUAAAGAUUGGACUUCAGAAUGUCUCGAACAAAAACGAGAACUUACAAAAUGUUCAGAAGAAAAUGUUCCAGACAUCAGAAAGAUGAAAGAAAAAUGCCAAGAGGUUAUAGAUGCUUUUGACGAAUGUUUAGCAAAGAAUAAAGAGGAUCCGGAAGUUUGUAGAGAAAAAUUGAGGGACUUGUAUAAUUGUACGGAAGCUACCAUGGAUAUUAAUAUUACAAAAGAAUAA